AUGAAUCCCACAACCAACGUAAACAUGGCCAAUCUUGGUGGCAUGGGUGGACCGGUUGGCGCCGCGCCAAUGACCAUGAUGAAUAAUGUGGCCGCCGCGCAGCAGGGCGGUCCGAGACAACACGCGCCUAUCAACGAGAACCAGAGGACCCUUCUCAACACCUACAUCUAUGAGUACUUUAUCCGCUUUGGAAUGCACGAUUGCGCCCGAACCCUGUUACAGGGUGACAAUCAAGUCAACGUUGUCCAGAAUGGCGCCAAUCGCCGACGAGAUGAAAACGGAAACGUCCUUGGUAACGGCGUCGGCGGUGAUGCUAUGGAUACCGACAGCAAGGACGAGAUGGAUGGUAAACUCCCCGAUGACCUUCCCCGCCAAAGCUUCCGAGGUAAGCAUCUCUUCCCUGGCCCAUGUUUGAAUGCGAAUACUCAAAAUCGACUUCGCCAGAGCCAGCAGCAGGAAAUGCUGCGGCAAAUGCGACCCGAUAUGACACAACAACAAUAUCAAGCCCAGAUGAUGCGCAUGCAGAACGGCGGUGGAAUGGCUAUGGCCGGAAAACAAGGUCUAGUCCGAACGGCCAUGGCUAAUAACCAUCCCCAAGCCAUGCUUCACCAAGCAAAGCAGAAUCAGAUGCAGCGAGACCCCUCGGACAUGGACGGCAACCGCCAACGAGCAGGCUCCCCCAAUGCUGCUGAUAACGCGCCGUCACCUUCCAAGCGACCUCGGCUCGGCGAGGCGGCCUUCAACCCUAACCAGCCUGGCAUGCGGCAAGUGCAGGGCAUCCCCGGACAACAAGCUGGAGCCCCGAAUCUUCAGCAUGCUCAUCAACUCCUCAUCAGUAACGGAAUCAAUCCUGCCCAGCUAAGCGCUCAGCAACUGCAGCAAUUUUCGCAGCAGAGCCCCGCCGUUCAGGCCAAGUCCAUCGCUACCUAUUCUGCCAAUCUUCAACAUCAGCAGAGCCAGCAGAUGCCCAACAAGGUGAUGGGCAAUGCCGGCAUGCCACAGGGCCAAGGCUCGCCGAUGAUGCCUACGGGACCAGACGGAACUGCCAUUGGCGCGUUCUAUAACCCCGAAAUGGGAGCUGGGCCUGGCGGAAUGAGGCCUGGGCCCGGCGGCCCUCAGGCCGCUGGCGGGAGCAAUCACGCUCUCCAAGAUUAUCAACUUCAGCUCAUGUUGCUUGAGCAGCAGAACAAGAAACGAUUGAUGAUGGCUCGUCAGGAGCAGGACAACAUGGGUGGUAUACCCCGUGAUGGCCCCAACGGUGCCCCCGGCCCCGCCGGCCCUCCUGGACCCAACGGCCAGAUCAUGCCCGACGGCUCUCCUCAGGCCCCACGUUCUGGUGCCUCGCCCAACCCUGCGGAGCAAAUGAAGCGCGGAACACCCCAGAUGAACAGCACCAACAUGGGUUCCCCCAUCCCGAUGGCAGCGCCCAACAUGAACGGAUCCAUGGUCCCCAACGGGCAGAUGGCUGGCAUGCGCCCUCCUAGCUCCCAUCCCAACCAGCAGUUUGCAGGCCCGGUCAAUCCCCAAAUGAUGGCUGGUCGAGGACAACAAGCACCCGGAAACAACCAAGGCAACCCACAAAUUCAAUGGCAGGGUGGUCCGAAUAACAACCAGAUGAUGCCCCAAGGUGGUCCCCAAGGUCAACAAGUGCAAGGCACGCCUCAGCAGCGGAACUCUAUGCCCCCGCCGUCUGGUCCUGCCGCCGCCGCCAGCAAUGCGAACAAUAGGAACCAAACAUCGUCGCCGCAACAGAACGCCCAGGGCGGCACUCCCCAGCCUCCUACUCCUUCUCAGUCAACCAAGCCUGCACCAAAGAAGAAGGAGCCCAAGAAUGCUAAGUCCAAGGCUGCUGCACAGAAGAAGUCCAACACGAACCUUAACGCGGCUGCUGCCGCUGCCGCAACAAGCGAACCGGCCGCUGAUGCGGAACCACCCACGCCUGCAACUCCGAUGACGCCUGGCACCGCCUCGGCAGGAUUCAAGGCCGGCCAGACUGGCGGAGCCAAUGCUGGCGCGGCGGCGGCUGCUUCUGGUCCCGCUGGUCCCCAACCGACCGCGGCUUCUGCCCCCGCCCCGGCCGCGCAACCGCAACAGAUGCAUUCAGACACAACCCCUGGUGGUGGGUCUUUCAGCAUGGAAAGCAGCGGAGGAAUGGAUGUAUUCCCAGGAAUGGACUUCACCAAUCCCAUGCACAGCAGCGACGUCCUCAACGAUUUCGACUUCGAUGCUUUCCUCCACGAAGACGGCGAGAAUAACGGCUUCGACUUCAACUCUGGUUAUCCCGCCAUGGAAGGCACCGGCGAAAUCGGAGCAGAGUAA